CGGAAUUGCGAAAUCACUUUCGCAGCUUGUGCCAGGAUGAUACACCCAUGGCACGACGAUCAGCUGCGUCUAAAUUAGGUGAAUUUGCAAAAGUUGUGGAAAUCGAAUAUCUUAAAUCAGAUUUAAUUCCUAUGUUUGUUAUCCUCGCUCAGGAUGAACAAGAUUCAGUUCGUCUUUUGGUUGUUGAAGCUUGUGUUAGUAUUGCAGCAUUGUUACAACAAGAAGAUGUUGAACAGUUGGUUAUGCCUACACUUCGGCAAUGUGCUAGUGAUCAAUCAUGGCGCGUUCGUUAUAUGGUGGCAGACAAAUUUACAGAUCUUCAAAAGGCCGUUGGUCCAGAAAUAACAAAAACAGAUCUUGUUCCAGCAUUUCAAGUAUUAUUAAAGGAUAUUGAAGCAGAGGUGCGGGCUGCAGCUGCUGAUAAAGUCCGCGAUUUCUGCCAGAACCUUGAUCAAUUUAAUCAGGAGUCCAUAAUAAUGACAAAUAUAUUACCCAUAGUUAAAGAAGUAGUGGCAGAUCCAAACCAACAUGUAAAGUCAGCUUUAGCAAGCGUGAUCAUGGGAUUGAGUCCCAUACUUGGAAAGCAUAACACAAUUGAACAUCUAUUACCUUUAUUCUUAUCUCAGCUUAGAGAUGAAUGUCCAGAGGUACGACUCAAUAUUAUUAGCAACCUGGAAUGCGUUAACGAAGUUAUUGGCAUACAACAACUUUCACAAUCCCUGUUACCUGCCAUUGUGGAAUUAGCUGAGGAUUCUAAAUGGCGUGUGCGACUAGCUAUUAUUGAGUAAUUAUAUAUGUU